AUGAUAACGAAGGCAGUAGAAGCUAGUGGAACAGUUACUAUUACAACUGUAACCCAGCAACUAUUUCGAACAAAGAUGGAUUUUAAUGAAUGUUUCAUUCAUCCAAAGUCAUUCUCUUUAGACCCUAACAUUUAUACAGAACUUGUAGAACAUUAUACAAACGAGGCUUUAUGUUUUCCUGUUAAAGUUAUGGAUUGGAUUCCUAUGGACGGUUCAUUCUCAAAGAAUACAGAUAGUUCAAGUGCAACAUUUACAGCAGCUUAUACGCCUAUUAAUGUUAAAAGUAUUUGGGCACUAUUUAGAAAGAAAGACAACUAUUAUGUUAAUUUUGAGAACCCUAAGUUUAAAUAUCUUCAGCUUUCCAUGGGAGCUUAUGGAAAUAUGCCUGCAGAACCUGAAAAAUCAUAUGGACCUGUAUUUUAUGAAAUGGUUGCGAACGCUUGCAAUACAAACAAUGAUAUGAUAGGAUUUAAUGAAGAUGUUAUGAGGUCAUUGGUGGAUGAUGGUAGUGUGGAACAUAAAUGGGAUAGCUAUGACAACACACAUUUCUUAUGUGGUUUUCCAACAGAAGUGGACUUUUGCUUCCAGCAAGGUCAAACAUCUACUGCUCCAAUAACAUACAAAUUGUCUGUUAAAGGACCUAUUGAACUAGCAACUGAAAAUGUACCAAAGCCACUUAUUGGAUUUAUGAGGGAUUGUUGCUUUGCCAUUCAGGUGCGUGCUAAUGGAAUCCCAAUAAUAAGAUUAGAUGACUAUAACUUAGCUACGGACGACAGUGAAGAAUAA